UACCCUACGUUUUGCCAUUUGCGAGAAAAUCGUCUCGGGUUCGCUAUCCUAACGAGGGAGAAUGGGUUUCCAUCGAUUCUAUAGCAGGAUUUUCGAAGAAGAGUCUGGCCGUGUGCCAUCUCCAGGAAAAUAUCACCACCCACCCGACUCUUCCUCUGGUUCGUGCGCUUCUCCGAAAAGACAGCUCGGAAAAAGUGUUGCGUGGAUUUAGACGAAAGCUCUCUCGUCAUUCACCCACUAAGCUUGGCGCAUGACGGCGGUCAUGUUUACGGGUAAAGGAAAUACCCUUCGGAAGGCACCAAGGCGCUACUUAAAAGCUUGCAUGCCUCCUGACAGCUCAUUACGUAAGUGACUUACUUCCUCCGUGAACGUGUGCUGUUCUGCUGACAAAACUGCGUCCGGAAGAAUCGUCUUGAUUCAGAAGCAUACCACGAGUUGUGUAUGUUAGUGCGAUCAGGAAGUUCCGUCAUUUCAAAGUGUCUAAUUAGUGUCGAUUUGGGAAGGCUGGAUCACUCUUAGUGACAGUAAAGUGAUUUGUCAGUGAUGUGAAUUUCUGUUGAGCACAUUUUGUGAGAGGGCGAUACCAACGAAUUAUUAAGGUGUGGUUAAUUCGUAUAUGAGAAUAUGUUCGGCAGGAUAUGGAACUCCCUCCCCUGGAUUCAAAGGGACCUUGGGGAGUACACGGAUGAGCAAGAACUGCGAGAUGUGCAGGUGGGGCGUUACACCAGAGAGAACUCCAAGUCGCUCGAGUCUUUGAGCGACGACAUAGAUGCAAAUACGGAAAUCCCUCCAGUUUUCUCUGCUCUUCAGCAGUCUGACAUUGAUGCUCUAGAGAAGCAUCUAGAUGACCUGGACUCAAUUAAUAAAACCAAGUGUGGAGGUUUGACCCCACUACAUGUUGCUUGCCACUUCAAGAAUAUACAAAUACUGAAAACUAUUCUAGCGCGUAAACCAUUGAUAAAUCAGUUGGAUGGUGUAGGAAACACGGCGCUGCACAUUGCAGUGGCUGAGAAAUGGCACGAAGGUGUGCAGGCGCUGCUGCAACAUGGCUCCUCGCCUGAUCUGAAGAACAACCCUCGAGAUGCAUCCAUAGAUAUAGCAGAAACAGCGUUGCACAUUGCAAUUCGGCAAGGCGAUGAAGUUUCCACUUGUCUUAUUCUUGAGACCAAGCCGGAUCUUGCACUCUGUGACAGUACUCAGCGAACUGUGCUGCACUUGGCGGCAAAAUCUUCAAAUGAUAGAAUCCUAAGCAAGUUACUCGAUGAGAAAAUUUGCCAAGAAUUACUGGAUGCCACAGAUAACAAGGGUAAUAGCAUAAUGCAUGCAGCAUUAUCACGACUAGAGAAUGAAGAUGGUGCUGUAGAGAAAAUAAUAAGGAUGUUGUUUGAGGAAGGGGUCAACGUGAAUAGUUUAAACCACCAGAAUGAAUCGCCUUUAUAUUUAGCAGCACGAACUGGCCAAGACAAAGCACUGCAAUUUCUUUUGAUGUUGGGGGCUGAUCCAAGAGUGUUAACUAGUCGAAAGCAAUCCUUACUGCAUGCUGCUUGCCGCAGCGGCAAUGCUUCUUGUUUAAGAAGUUUGCUGAGCACUGGCAACCUAUAUGAUUUUGUCACUAAAGCUGAUGAUGAAGGCAACGAACCAUUUGAUUAUGCGUUGCGAAGUAGUUCACUCGAUUGUUGUGAACUCCUACUGAGUAAUGGCGAUCACUUAACACGAAAGGACAAGGAUGGCAUCACUAGAUGUUCUCUGAUUUUAGAUUACAUUCCGUCUGCACAUGAACUUUUAAAGCACACCCUCGAUAAGAGCAUCACUCUGUCAGACAAGGCACAACAUGAUCCUGAUUUUCGUAUCUCAUUCGAUUACUCCUCUCUUCUUGCACCUGUAGAGGACCCCAAGCACUGCUUCCAGAGUUCGAUCAUCUCUGAUCUGAAUAGUAGCAGCGAGAGUGAAACGCUUCUCAAGCAUCCACUGGUUGAAAGCUUCUUGUUUAGAAAAUGGAACAGAAUCAAAAUCUUCUUUUAUGCCAAUCUCUUCACUUUCUUCACCUUCCUUUUGAUGCACUCCUUCUACAUCAUUUCUACAUUUAGAAGGGAUCCGAUGGCGUCUUCUAGGUGUUUAGUGAACAUCUGGGUGUUCCGUUUUCUUCAUAUCUUAAUGUACAUGUUUCUUCUCGUUCCAGAAGUGAUUAUCACGCUAAGUAAUCCCAAGAAGAUCCUGAAACACUGGGAGUCUCUAACCAAAUUUGUUUCCCUCAUUUCAUCAGCUUUUGUUGUUUUCACACCAGUGGCAAUGUCACAUCUGGAUUCUCAGGAGUGCGGUUCCUUCAGCAUCUCCAAUGUUACCUUAGUUGACAUCGGCAAUACCACUGAUGAAUUGGCCAGCAAAACAAGUAGCGUCUCCUUCCAACGUCACAUAGCUGCAACGUCUGCCUUUUUCGGGUGGGUGGAACUGAUGAUGCUUUUUGGUCGGUUCCCUGCCCUAGGUGUUUACACGCUGAUGUUCACACGGAUCGCAAAAUCGAUGCUGCGCUUCAUGAUGGCCUUUGUGACUCUACUGGUGGGAUUUGCUAUUUGUUUCCUGGUACUCUUCUACAUGAAUGAUUCGUUUUCGUCAUUUGGACGUAGUAUCGUGAAAGUGCUCAUGAUGAUGGUUGGUGAAAUUGAUUAUACGAGUCUCGUCGAUGAUAAGACUCCUGCCAUCAGUUUCAUAUUGUUGGUGGUAUUUAUAUUCUUGGUGUCCAUAUUGAUGAUAAACCUCCUGAUCGGUGUUGCUGUAAAUGACAUCUCGAAUCUGGAAUUCUAUGGGAAGAUAGAAAGGCUGUCAAAACAAGCCUCAUUUCUUGAGUCACUCGAGAAUCUGCUCUUCUUCCUCAGACAGUCCAGGCUGUUUCCUCGCCGCCUCAUAAAAUGUUUAGGGAACAUACUUACUAUCAAACCAACGCUGGAUAUUUCUUUAAAUAAGAUGCGCUUUAAGAGAUUUGGAAAAUAUAGGAUUCCAGCAGAAAUAAUUGAAGCUGCUCUCGCUACAGGGAAAACAAACGGGGAUUCCGUGUCACAAAGAUGUCACCAGGAUAUCAUUAGCAAAGAAGAAGAAACACAAAAGACACUCGACAAGAUUUUGCACUUGCUGGAUGCCCUCCAUUUGAAUCUUGACGGCGGUUUGUUGUCUACUACGCCUUCAUCAUCUCGCCUAAGAAUGAAUUUAGCAAAUGAACUGCCCUGAUUAGUCGUGAAGAGACAAACUUACUUUCAGUCAGGAUCAUAAGUCUGUGUGUUUUACGAGUUUAGUUGACAAUUACGAUCAACUCCAUGCAUAAGAAGGGUGUGAAAGGAAACUUGGAUGCUUAAUGAAUCUGUGAUUUCUGUUUUAUCUACAAACACUGCUCAGCUAAAUACCAGGUUCCUGUCCCUUCUAGGGCACAUGAAAGUAUUUAAAACAGUUAAUACUUAUGCGUGGUCAGAACAAGGUAUGCAUGCAUGUUUGUACGUAUGUAGGUACCAUUGCUCAAAUUCGAAUCUCGCUCCAGAGAUUAAUGAUCUAUGUGCUUGAUAAGAAAAAAAAAGUUAUCGUAACGAAGGUACAGUACUUAAUUCUAAGGGCACUCUUGAUGCAAUAACGUUUAAACAUUUUCUGCGCAUGCUAGAUUGUCACAAAGAGGAAAUUAUUUCAUUAUUUCUAUGGUAAUAUUUAAUUAAACACUGCGCAUAUGCAUAUAUUGUGUAUAUAUAUACCAAGUCAUUUAACUCUGUGAUUCCAUCUAAUCAUAUCACACUAAUAUAUGAUUAGUCAACCAAAAAUUAACUAGGGCCAAUUAUGAGGUGUUUUUUUCUUCCUAGUCAGGAAUAACUCUCAAUAAAGAGCUUCUUUUAGAAUAUUUUUGUAUGAUAUGUAAUUAUUUAUUAUUUAUCAUUUUGUUAUAUCUAUAAUAAUUUUAAGUUUUCUGUAAAAAGUUUAUUUAUACAUCUCU